GCCUGUAUACUUUUCCUUAUUCUCAAGGAAAAUGCUUAUAAAUUUAAUUUGGUUGCUAAGGAAAAAGUUUGAUCGUUUAUGGUGUCAUUAUGAUACUCGCUGUCAUUUCUAUAAAUUUCUCUUUUUAAUUUAACAGAGAAAUACAUUUUUAAAAAAUGAAUGCUCAAGGUGUAAAUCUAAGAAAAUGUCUCAGUCGCGCAAAAAAAGAUGGAUCAUUUCACUCGAAUUUAGAUUUUACUCAAGCGAGUGAAGAAGUUAAACAGGAAUAUAACAUCACGGAACAGAAACGACAACAAUUGGUUAAUUUUCUCCAUAAAAGCAUAGAAAAUACGAAAAUUAAAGAAUUCAAAACGAAAGUGAAACCGGAAUAUCCAAAAAUAAUAAGGAAAAAUCGAUCGCAUAAAAAGAUGAGGAAAUUUGCCCAAGAAUUACCAACGAGUAGAAUGACUAAGUAUUUACAUGCUGCUAUUAUGACAGCUGUUGGAGUUCCCAAUUUGGCUAAAGCUUGGCCGGAAAUGUUGAAACAAGUUAUGGAUGAGGUUGAAAUAGAAUUCUUUAAUAUAACUCAUGAGGUUGGUGUGAAUUGUAAAGUUCGUCCCGUCGAUGGAUCAGAUCCACAUAUUCAUCUAGCACCAAACAAAUUUUUUGGAAGAACCGCACGAUAUGAUGUUUAUUUAUUACAUAGAUCACGUUUAGAAAAAAAAAUGUUCAUAUCUUAUCCGCUAAUGAGGAGAAUAUUAAAUCAAUGUGUAAUAGUUAUGCCAGAUAUUUUGAUCAAUUUUACAAAAUUCCGUGACCACGCAUAUGAAAUGCCCGAUUUAAUCCAAUUAAUCGAAGAAGAAAUAAAAGUAGGAACAAAAUUAUUUCAUACUUUUCAUACAAGGGUGCUGAGUAUUUCAGCUUCCGACAAUACAAAAUUUACAGAUAGUAGAUCUAGGUUGCAUUAUUGGAGAACAGGAACCUAUAUUAUAUCAUCUAAUUUCACUAGAGUAAUAUUAAACACAAUUAAUCAUAUCAUAGAGGUAACCGGAGAUGAUGAUCAUAUCCCGUUUCUAAAACUUUAUCUUCAAUACGAUAAAAGAUUAACUUUAUACCCUUCAAUGCGGGAUACAUUAGAAUGUUACAUGAAAAUAAUUGAAACUAUUUCAACAAUACCAAACGGAUUAAGCUCAUUGGAAAGCAAUUUUUGUCCACAUAUGCCUGAAACAUCAAUUCCAAUUUUUAUUGAACCCAAUUACUUCAUUGAAGCAGAAAGAAAAAUAAGAGAAAAUUUAGCAAUAAAAUUCGCACCAGUUGAAAAAUAUCUUCACAAACUCGAACAAAGCUACGCCGAUUGUUAUGGCGACGAACUAGAUGGUGGUGAAAACGAAAUGGGUGAAGGUGAAGAAUUUAAUUUUGAGGAUGGUUAUGCAAAAAUUGAUUUUUAUCAAAGUUUUAUAAAUCGAAUUUCCGAUAUGGUAACUAGCGAAUAUUAUUCAAUCGGCCAAUUAGAACAAGAAGAAUGCAAAGCGAAUAUAAAAGCUUCUAUAAAUGCAUUAAUUGAUGAUGUUGCUGGGAAAUUAGCUCUUCAACACGAAUGGGAAAAUCGAGAUAUCUGCGAAGUUUUUGAAAUGUUAGCUCAAAAAGCUUUACACCGUCCAACUACAACAGCGGAAUUAAUGGAAAUGGGUGUUUAUAUGACUUGGGCAAAUACAGAAUUAAUGUUAGCAUUAACAGAACGAAUUCAAUUAUCUCUUCAUGUAAUUACGAAGUUAAUGGAUGUAACAACGAUCACCGAAGAACAUAUUCAAUUAAAUGCUGAUACUGUUUUAUGGUUAACUAAAAUUAAACCAUUUUUAGAACACAAUUCAGCAAUGUACGAAACGGUUAAAUUUGAAUUUGAAGAACGUCUUCAAAGAGCCGUUAUAAAAAUUAAUGAAGAAAUAGCUGGAAUGGAACCGUAUUUAGUUGUUUUGAAUGAUAUGGAUGAUUGUGAUAAUGCCUCCGAAUAUGUUUUUCAUAUUAACAAACUUUUGGUGAGAAUAAGAAGUUGUGACGAACAAAAAGAAUGGAUUAAUUCAGAAGAAAAAACAUUUAAAUUUCCUAUUUCACCAUUCCAAGGAUUAGAAGAAUUAAAAAAAUAUAUUUAUCCAUUUUUUCGAUUAGUUAAAGUGUGUCAAUAUUGGAGAAGAAGUUAUAAUGCAUGGAUGGACGGACCGUUUGAAUUUUUAGAUCACGAGUCUGCCGAGGAAAUUGUUGAUGGAUAUUUUAAGGAAUUAAUUAAAACGCAAAAGACUUAUAGAAUUAAAUUGCGCGUCUUAGCGGCUGAAGGUAAUCCAAGAACUUUUAAAGGAUCAACUGAUGAUCCGGAUCCAAUGAAUUAUCCGGCACCUAUGAAAUUAUGUCAAAAAGCUUUGGAUCAAAUCAAAGAUUUUCGACCUUGCUUAACUUUAAUGGAUGUAAUGUGUCAAAAGGCUUUAUUACCAAGGCAUUGGGCAGAAAUGAGUCUUAUUGCUGGUUUUGAUUUGACACCAACAGCUGGAACAACUUUAAGAAAAUUAUUCGAAUUGAAUUUAAUGGAUAAUAUUGAUAAUUAUGAAAUUAUUAGCAGUGGUGCUUUAAAAGAACAACAGUUAUUGGAAAGUUUAAUAAAAAUGCAAGGAGAAUGGGAUGGUGUUAUAUUCAAAACAAGUGUUUAUAAAGAUACAGGAAUUUCUAUAUUAAGUGGAUUAGAUGAUAUCCAAGCAAUUCUAGAUGAUCAUAUUAUGAAAACUUUAACGAUGAGAGGAUCUGUGUUUGUAAAACCUUAUGAAGAUCAAGUAAGAGCUUGGUAUGAAAAAAUAACAAGAAUUAAUGAUACUGUUGACGUUUGGGGAAAAGUUCAAGUUCAAUGGUUAUACUUACUUCCGAUCUUUUCUUCGAAAGACAUCAUAGCUCAGAUGCCUAAUGAAGGCGUACUUUUUCGUGAAGUCGACGCUACUUAUCGAAGAUACAUGGCAGGUGUAGCUAAAGAUCCUAGAGUUGUAGAAACAGCUGGAUCUGUUGGAUUAUUAGAAGCAAUGCAAAAUUGUAUCGAAUUGCUAGAUAAAAUUAACGAUGGCGUUACUUCAUACCUGGAAAAGAAAAGGUUAUACUUUCCCAGAUUUUUCUUUUUAUCCAACGACGAAAUGUUGGAGAUUCUUUCCGAAACCAAAGAUCCAUUACGGGUUCAACCACAUCUCCGAAAAUGUUUCGAAGCGAUUAAUCGAUUAGAGUUCGAUGAAAGUUUAAAAAUUCACGCCAUGUUUAGUCAAGAAAAUGAAAGAAUUCCUUUUAACGAAUUGGUUAACGUAGCCGAAGCUGGUGGAAGCGUUGAAAAAUGGCUUUUACUAGUCGAAGCACAAAUGUUAGUAUCUGUUCUAGAGACUAUUGGAAAUAGUUAUAAAGAUUAUAGAACGAAAGCACGAACCGAUUGGGUUGUUUUAUGGCCCGGACAAGUUGUUUUAGCCGUUUCGCAAAUUUAUUGGACUAUGCAUGUUCAUUCGGCUUUAAAUCCUCAAGAUACUACUUUACAUUUGGUUGAUUUCGUUCAAACUUUAAAAAAUGAUUUACAAGAUAUCGUAAUGUUGAUUCGAAAUCCCAAAUUAUCAAAUUUAAAUCGAAUCACAAUCAAAGCAUUAAUUGUAAUCGACGUCCACGCAAAAGACGUUGUUCAAGAACUUUACAAUAAAAAAGUUGAUAAUGAUAACGAGUUUAAAUGGUUAGCUCAAUUAAGAUAUUAUUGGGAAGAAGAUCUAUGUUUAGCAAGAAUAGUUAACGCAACGGUUCGAUAUGCUUGUGAAUACUUGGGAAAUUCUGAUAGACUCGUUAUAACUCCUUUAACCGAUCGUUGUUAUCGAACUUUAGUAGGUGCUUAUCAUUUACAUCUUAAUGGAGCACCAGAAGGACCAGCCGGAACGGGCAAAACUGAAACAACCAAAGAUUUAGCAAAAGCACUCGCGGUUCAAUGUGUUGUAUUUAAUUGUUCUGAUGGCUUAGAUUAUAAAGCGAUGGGAAAGUUCUUUAAAGGUUUAGCUUCUUCGGGUGCUUGGGCUUGUUUUGAUGAAUUCAAUAGGAUUGAAAUUGAAGUCUUAUCAGUGGUUGCUCAACAAAUCUUAUCGAUCGUUAUGGCUGUUCGAGGACAUGUCAAAAAAUUCUUGUUCGAAGGCACCGAAUUGACUUUAAAUCCAGCUUGUUACGUUUGUAUCACAAUGAAUCCUGGUUAUGCUGGACGAAGUGAACUUCCCGAUAAUUUAAAAGUUCUUUUUAGAACUGUUGCUAUGAUGGUUCCAGAUUAUGCAAUGAUUGGCGAGAUUUCUUUAUAUUCUUAUGGAUUUUCUGAUGCGAGAACAUUAUCAGUUAAAAUUGUCACAACAUACAGAUUGUGUUCUGAACAACUUUCCUCGCAAAAUCACUACGAUUACGGAAUGCGCGCUGUUAAAUCCGUUUUAUCGGCCGCUGGCAACAACAAGAGAAAUUACCCCGACGAAAACGAAGAUAUCAUUUUAUUACGUUCAAUAACGGAUGUUAAUUUACCGAAAUUUCUAAACCACGAUGUUCCACUUUUCAAUGGAAUUAUCUCGGAUUUAUUUCCAGGAUUAAGUCUUCCUCAAGCCGAUUAUAGAAUCUUUAUUAAAUGCAUGAAAAUCGCUUGUUCGGAGCGAAAUCUUCAACCUAGAGAUUCGGUAAUUGUUAAAGUUAUACAAACAUACGAAAUGAUGAUUGUUCGUCAUGGAUUUAUGAUGGUUGGUGAUCCACUAUCGGGAAAAACAAACACUUUAAAAGUUUUAGCGGAUGCUUUGGGAAUGAUGAAUGUGCAGGGUUUAAACGAAUUAAAAGUAAAGUAUCAAUUUAUUAAUCCAAAAAGUAUAACAAUGGGACAACUUUAUGGAUGUUUCGAUCCGGUUUCAUACGAGUGGACCGAUGGUGUAGUUGCCACGUGUUUUAGAAGAUUUGUAGUGGAUACAUGUCCCGAUAGAAAGUGGGUUAUUUUUGAUGGACCUGUUGACGCUGUUUGGAUAGAAAACAUGAACACCGUUUUAGAUGAUAAUAAAAAAUUGUGUUUGAUGUCCGGUGAAGUUAUGACAAUGACUAACGUAAUGUCCAUGAUUUUUGAGGUAGCUGAUUUAGCACAAGCUUCGCCAGCAACAGUAUCUAGAUGCGGAAUGAUUUAUAUGGAGUCGGAUACUUUGGGUUGGACACCAUUUUUCGAAUCUUGGUUAGUCAAUUUAAAUCCGUUGUGGUUUAACGAAAACACUAGAGAUUUAAUUAUCGAUAUGUUUAAAUUUACCGUGCCAGAUUCGCUUUGGUUUAUACGAAAACACUCGAAGGCCGUUUGCGUUGUCGGCCCACUAAUUUUGGUACGAAGUUGUUUUAAAAUCUUUGAAUUAACUAUGAAUGAAGUAGUUACUUCAGCUGAUGAUAUAAAGUUCUUUCCAACGUGGUUGGUUUCCGCUUUUAUGUAUGCAAUGGUGUGGGGAUUGGGCGGAAUUAUGGAUAAAGAUUCACGUGAACAAUACGAUGAGCUUCUAAGAAAUUUAUGGAAUAAAGAUGGGGAUUCCGUAUUCCCGGAAAGUUUUGAAUUUCUUGAUAUAAAUUUACCUAAGGAAGGUUUAUUAAUUGAUUACGCUUAUAAUUAUAAAUUAAAAGGAUCUUGGAAAUAUUGGCCUGAAAUGGUUAAAGGUAUGAGGGUUGAGAAUGCUAAUAAUAUUCAACAAGCUUUAAUUCCAACAGUUGAUACAGUUAAAUAUAUGCAAUUAGCUGAUUCUCAUAUUAAAGCUAAAAUACCAUUUUUGUUUGUUGGGCCAACUGGAACAGGGAAAAGUUUUUAUUUGCAGGAUUUGCUCAUGAAUCAAUUAAAUCAAGAUUUGUAUGAACCAGCUUUCAUCACGUUUACAGUGAAGAUAUCAGCUAAUCAAACUCAAGAUUUAGUUAUUUCAAAAUUAAAUAAACGCAAACGUGGUACUUAUGGACCGCCAAGAGGGAAAACUGCAAUCAUAUUUUUUGAUGAUCUUAAUAUGCCUGUUAAAGAAGUUUAUGGUGCUCAACCUCCUAUUGAGUUAUUGCGCCAAUAUUUUGACCAUAAAAAUUGGUAUGAUCUUCAUGAUACCUCACCAAUUUAUUUAGUUGAUAUAUUAAUAAUAGCUGCUAUGGGAUUGGUGGGUGGAAGUCGUCAAGAAAUUUACUCAAGAUUCUUAAGACAUUUUAGUGUUUUCUCUAUAAACGAUUUUUCCGAUGAAUCAAUGGUUAAAAUCUACACUAACGUCCUUUUAUUAGGUUUAAAAAAAAAUGGUUUUCCAUCAGACGUAAUUUUACAAGCCCAACAAAUUGUUAACGCAACAUUAGAUUUUUAUCAAUUUGCAAUGAGAACCUUGAGACCAACUCCAGCAAAAAGUCAUUAUGUUUUCAAUUUACGUGAUUUCUCUCGAGUUGUGUUCGGUUGUGCCAUGAUUAGAAAAGAAUCAGCGGAAGAUAAACAAACAUUUGCGCGCCUUUGGGUGCAUGAAAUAUUAAGAGUUUUUUACGAUCGUUUAAUUGAAGCUUCCGACAAAACAUUAUUGUUCGACAAAUUGCGUUUAAGCGUUAAAGAUUAUUUUAAAGAUCCUUUCGAUAUGGUUUUUGACCGUUUUGAAAAAGAUAAGGAUGGAAAAGUUUUAGAAUCCAGUUUAAUCGAUUUAAUGUUUGGGACUUAUUUAGAUCUUGAUGCCUCAGAAGACGAAAUUCGCUACGAAGAGAUAGUAAAUAAAGAAACAUUUUUUAAUAUUGCAAUGAUGUGUCUUGAUGAUUACAACUCAACGCAUAAAACUAAAAUGGAUAUAGUUUUGUUUAAUUACGCUUUGGAGCAUUUAUCGAAGAUUUGUAGGAUACUUUCUAUUCCAAGUGGUUGUGCUUUAUUGGUUGGAGUUUCUGGUUCUGGAAGACAAUCUUUGACUAAGUUGGGAACUGGUAUUUGUCAAUAUACGUUUUUCCAACCGGAAAUAAGUAAAAAUUAUGGUAUGACGGAAUGGAGAGAAGAUUUAAAAAAAGUUUUGAAAGAAUCUGGUGGGAGAGGAAAAAAUACAACGUUUUUAUUCACCGAAGGGCAAAUAAAAGAAGAAGGAUUUUUAUCGGAUAUAGAUGGUUUAUUAAAUUCCGGUGAGGUCCCAAACAUUUUCCCCAUAGAUGAGAAACAAGAAGUUAUGGAACUGGUGCGAUUAGCCGCUCAAGGAGGCAACAGAAACUUAGAUAUUAGCAGCUUAGCUGUUUUUUCGUUCUUUAUUAAACGUUGCAAAGAAAAGCUCCAUAUAAUACUUUGCUUUAGUCCAAUCGGUUCCUCAUUUAGAGUGAGAUUAAGAUUAUUUCCCGCCUUAGUAAACUGUUGCACGAUCGAUUGGUUUGAAGAUUGGCCAGAAGACGCUUUAGAAAUGGUCGCUCACAGUUGGAUAGGUGACAUAAACGCGCCAGAUGAAAUUAAAAAUUCUUCCGUUAUUGCGUGUAAACAUUUCCACGUAAUCGCCAGAACCGUCUCCGAAGAAUUUUAUCGCGUCACCUCCAGAAAAAUAUACGUAACGUCAAAUUCAUAUUUAGAACUCAUCAAAUCUUUUACAGCAUUAACAAACUCGAAACAAAAGGAAAUUAUGAAAUUCAAACGCAGAUAUGUAGUCGGAUUAGAAAAGCUUAUUUUCGCAGCCGGUCAAGUAUCUCAAAUGCAAGUAAAUUUAGAAUCUUUACAGCCGGAAUUAAAAACGUUAAGUGCUAAAGCAAUGGCUAUGACUAGAGAAAUCGAAACUGAAACCGUAACCGUUGAGAAAGCUUCGGCUUUAGUAAAAAAGGACGAAGAAGCCGCAAAUAUUCAAGCAGCCUCUGCUCAAGCUUUAAAAGCUGAGUGUGAAGCUGAAUUAGCUUUAGCUAUUCCGGUAUUAGAAGAAGCAAUAGGUGCUUUAAACACUCUAAAACCUGCCGAUAUAACUUUAGUAAAAGCCAUGAAAAACCCCCCAGAAGCUGUUAAAGUUGUACUGGCAGCAGUUUGUGUUAUGAAAGAAGUUAAACCGGAUCGAAUAAACGAUCCUUCAGGAACCGGGGGGAAAAUUCUUGAUUAUUGGGGACCCAGUAAAAGAAUUUUAGGCGAUAUGAACUUUUUACAAGCUUUAAAAGAUUUUGAUAAAGACAAUAUUAAAGUAGAAACAAUGGCGAUAAUUCGAAAAACUUACCUGCCUCACCCUUUAUUCAAACCGAACAUUGUCGCGAAAGCUUCAAGUGCAGCUGAAGGUUUAUGUAAAUGGAUAAUAGCCAUGGAUAUGUACGAUAAAGUAGCUAAAGAAGUUGCCCCUAAAAAAGCGAAAUUAGACAUAGCCGAAAGGGAAUAUUCAGCUACAAUGAAAAUUUUAAACGAAAAAAAAUCUAUGGUAGAAGCAUUAGAAGCGAAAUUAGCGCAUUUAAAUGAGCUGCUUACAGAAGCUAUGAAUAAACAAAAAGAACUUCAAGACAACGUCGAUUUGUGUGCAAUGAAACUUUAUAGGGCGACUAAAUUAAUUGGUGGAUUAGGAGGUGAAAAGAGCCGAUGGACAGAAGCAGCUAAUAAUCUCCAAGUUUUAUAUGAUUCAUUAGCUGGUGAUAUUUUAAUUUGUUGCGGAAUGAUUGCGUAUUUAUCAGCAAUGACAAUGCAAUAUCGUCAAAGUACCAUUGCAGAAUGGCGCCAAUAUGUUAAAGACGUCAACAUUCCCUGCAGUGCACAAUUUGAUUUUGUCAGCAUAUUAGGAGUAGAUAUUAAAAUACAAAAUUGGAAUAUUUAUGGAUUACCCCGAGAUGCGUUUUCAAUCGAAAAUGGAAUUAUUCAAGAUGUUUCAAGAAGAUGGUCUUUAUUAGUUGAUCCACAGAGCCAAGCAAAUUUGUGGAUUAAAAAAUUGGAGAAAGCAAACGAUCUUCAAAUAAGUAAGUUUAGCGAUCCAAAUUAUAUGAAAAUAAUGCAACAAUGUAUUCAACUUGGAAAGCCUUGUUUAUUAGAAAACAUUCAAGAAGAUUUAGAAGCACCGUUAGAUCCGGUGCUUUAUAAAUCAACAUUUAUGCAAGCCGGACUAACAGUUAUUGCUUUGGGUGAAAACGUCGUCCCUUACAACGCAAAUUUUAGACUAUAUUUAACAUCGAAAUUGCGAAACCCUCAUUAUCUUCCCGAAGUUUUUAACAAAGUAACCAUAAUUAACUUUGUAUUAACAUUAACUGGUUUACAAGAUCAAUUAUUGGGAAUCGUUGUAACUAAAGAAAGACCAGAUCUUCAAAAGCAACGCGAAGAACUUGUUAUUCAAAGCGCUCAAAAUAAAGCCUCAUUAAAAAUGGUUGAAGAUACGAUUCUAAAAACUUUAUCCGAAUCACAAGGUGAUAUUUUAGAAGAUUCAAGUGCAAUUGAAGUUUUAGAUUUUUCAAAAGCUUUGGCUGUUGAUAUUUUAGCUAAACAAAAAAUUGCAGCUGAAACUGAGAAGAUGAUUGAAGGAUUUCGAUUGGCUUAUACACCUAUUGCUGAACAUUCAGCGGUGUUAUAUUAUUGUAUAUCAGAUUUACCAAACGUUGAUCCAAUGUAUCAAUAUUCUUUAGGAUGGUUUAUUAAUUUGUAUGUAAGCUCGAUCGAAACUGCAAAUAAAUCGAGGGAUUUACAAAAAAGAUUAUUUUUUUUAAAAGAAGCUUUUACCUACAAUUUAUAUUCAAAUAUUUGUCGAUCAUUAUUUGAAAAAGAUAAAUUAAUGUUUUCGUUUAUUUUAUGCACAAAAAUAAUGAUGAGUCAAGAUCAACUUAACGAAAUUGAAUUUGGAUUUUUACUCACUGGGGGUAUUCAAGUUGAAAAUCCUUACCCAAAUCCGAGUGAUGGUUGGUUAAAUGACAAAUCGUGGAAUGAAAUUUGUAGAGUAAGCGAUAUAAAAGCUUUCGCUGGAUUUAAGGACUCUUUUAAAUCACAAUUAAAAGCUUGGCAAAAUUUAUACGAUAUGAUCGAACCGCAAGAGUCUCCAAUUCCAGAACCAUGGGACUCGAAGUUAACUCCAUUUCAAAAAUUAAUUAUUAUCAGAUUAUUAAGACCGGAUAAAAUUACCGUUAGCAUAAAUAAAUUUAUUAAGAAUGAAUUGGGCGUUAAAUUUACGAUCCCACCACCGUUUGAUAUCGCGAAAUCAUUCGAUGACGCAUCAUGUCUGUGCCCUCUUAUAUUUAUUUUGUCAGCUGGAACCGAUCCGAUGGCCGCUUUAGUAAAAUUCGCCGAGGUCAAAGGAUACCAAGAAAUGUUUCAAUCGAUAAGUUUGGGCCAAGGUCAAGGACCGAUUGCCCAAGCGAUGAUAGAACAAGCGCAAGCGGAAGGAGGAUGGGUUUGCCUCCAAAACUGCCAUUUAGCUGUCAGUUGGAUGGGGAGUCUUGAGAAAUUAUGGGAAGCGAUGGACGCUACAAACACCGAUGAUAAUUUCCGUUUAUGGUUAACGAGUUAUCCUUCGCCACAAUUUCCAAUUUCGAUGCUUCAGUUUGGUGUUAAAAUGACUAACGAACCACCAACAGGACUUCAACAAAAUUUAUUAAGAUCUUAUUUAAAUGAACCGGUAAAAAAUCCUGAUUUUUAUGUUGGAUGUCCGGGUAGAGAAGCUAUGUUUUGUAGACUUCUAUAUGCCACAGCAUUCUUUCAUGCUGUUAUACAAGAAAGAAGAACUUUUGGUCCUUUAGGAUGGAAUAUUCCCUAUGGCUUUAAUGAAUCUGAUUUCGAUAUUUCAGUGCAACAGUUACAAAUGUUUAUCAAUGAAUACCCUGAUAAUGCUUAUGAGGCUGUUUCUUAUUUGACCGGUGAAUGUAAUUAUGGUGGAAGAGUAACUGACGAUUGGGAUAGAAGAUUGAUUGUAACCAUUUUGGACGAUUUUAUUAACGCGCGCGUUGUUAAUGACAUGAAUUAUUCGUUUAGUUCAGCUGGAACUUGUUAUGUAUUACCAAGAAAGAACGAAUAUGCUCAUUACAUUGAACAUAUCAAUGGUUUACCAUCAUUUCAUCCACCUGAAGUGUUUGGUUUACAUAAUAAUGCGGGUAUCACUCGAGAUUUACAAGUUUCUAAUUUGCUUUUGGAUUCAAUGAUUAAAGUUGAAGGUGAAGGUUCCGGUGGGGGUGGUGAAACGGAUUCCUUACUUAUUCAACUUACUGGAGAUAUUUUAGAAAAAUUACCUGACAUUUUCGAUAUGGAUGCAGCUCAUGCAAAAUAUCCUGUAGUUUAUCAAGAAAGUAUGAACACCGUUUUGGUACAAGAAAUGGAAAGGUUUAACAAACUUUUAAUAGUGAUCAGAAAAAGUUUACAAGAUAUACAAAAAGCUAUUAAAGGACUUAUAACCAUGUCUAACGAUCUUGAGGUUUUACAAAAUUCUCUUCUUUUGGGUAGAAUUCCAGCUAUUUGGGCUAAAGUUUCUUAUCCAAGUUUAAAAUCACUUCCAAAUUAUAUAAAUGAUUUUGUCGAAAGAUUAGAUUUUUUACAAUUAUGGUUUGACGUAGGAAAACCCAAAACUUUUUGGUUAUCGGGAUUUUUCUUCACUCAAGCAUUUUUAACCGGGGCCAAACAAAAUUAUGCAAGAAAAUUCGCAAUACCCAUCGAUCAAUUAAUAUUCGAUUUUGAAGUUUUAAGAAAUGAUAAUAUCGCUGAAGCGCCAGCCGACGGCGUUGACGUUUAUGGUCUUUACACUGAUGGAGCUAAAUGGGAUCGGCAAAAAAAUAUUUUAGCAGAGCUUUUACCGAAGAUUUUAUAUGACGUAUUACCACUCACAUGGGUUUAUCCAAUUAAAGAUUGUGAAUAUAAUGAAACGGGAAGAUACAAGUCUCCUUUAUAUAAAACUUCAGAAAGAAGAGGCAUUUUAUCGACAACAGGUCAUUCAACAAAUUAUGUUUUACCACUUUUACUUCCAACGGAUAAACCUCAAUCACAUUGGAUUAAAAGAAGUGUUGCACUAUUAUGUCAACUAAAUUAGAAAAUAUUUUA